UUUUUCUGGCUAAAUGGUUCCUCGAUCCAGAGAAGUUUCCACGCGGUGGGUUCCCCUACCUGGAUGGGACACCUGUCCGUUUCAGACUCCUCUCCGCUGGACCGAAUCUCCUGCGCGGCUGUCUUGCACAGAUCCUGCAAGAUUCUCCCCCGGGUAUAAAAGAAUUAAGCGGUUGCAUAUCGCCGCAGAUACCUCCGGAAGGAUUCCAAGACGCGAAACUUGUCGGCCACUCCGAGGAAGCUCCCCAGGGUGUCUCUCAGCCGAUCAACUGAUCGCCGUUCGCAGCUCUUCAAGGUACGUACCGCUGGCUCGCUCCUUUGCAAUUUUUCUUCUACGUCGAUUUCGCAAAUUGAGCGUUGCCUCGAUUUUUACUGCCAUAAAUUGUACGUUCCGGUAGUAUCCGGUUCGUCGUCAUUUUUAAUAUUUUUCCGUGCGUUUGUAUUACUUCCACAAGCCUCUUCUUCAAGGUUCGUCUUCCAGUACCGCAGCAAGGAUGUGUCCAACUUUCUUGUACUUCAUCGUGGUCGCCGUCCUGGGUGUCCUGGGCCAGUCCUACGAGUCCCUCGACGACGUGCAGAAGAACAUCAUGUCGAAUCCCCCGUACGGUCGAGGCCUGGACAGCGAGCUGCAGCUGGCGAGGAUGCUGCUGGUGCCGCACCGCCUCUGCCACGUGAAGAGGAACUCCGAGCUGAUCAACUCCUUGCUGGGCUUGCCGAGGAACAUGAAGAACGCCGGGAAAUGAGUCCUCCUCCCUGUGCAGAGGUCCUCGUCGGUGUCUUCGGGAAUAAGGAUUUCUUCGACUGACGAGCGACGCGCGAAUUGGCCAAGCUU